AUGGUUAUCGGCAAUCACGACGCGUCGUCGGAUUCUGAGCUGAACGCCAAUACACUGCAAACUCGAAGUUUGGUCCUUACACCCCGGCAAGAAAGUCAAGACGAUGCUCCCGAACUCGAGCAUGUCCCUAUUCACGACCAUAUAGAAGAAAGAAUCGUACUCAGCGGUGACGAAGAUGAUCUCGUGGUUAUCGACACGCAGACGGUUGAUGCUGUAGUUGAGUUUGCAGCUGUAUCUCAGACUGCUCAGCUCAACAAGCGCUCAUGGAGAAAGACCAAAGCCCCAAAGGAUUCACAACCCCUGACGUUUGAUAACACCGGCAUGGUCGAGGUUGCAGAAGACCACGACCCGGAAGAGGACUACUUUGAACACCGCGCUAAGCAGGAGCGCCCAAACCUGUUAGGCUACGAUGCUCCCAUCGGUCCCUUCAAUUCCGAAGAAUACGAAAAGAAUCCCUCAGUGGACAACGAAGUAUCCCUUUUCCAUAAAAUCCCGGGAGUGCAGACUGCUCAACGAGCCCUUUCAACGUCCACACAUCUCGCGCAGAGCAGUAUUAGCAAUGUGACUGAGAGCGUUGUGUACACGUCCCAACAAACUCGCCAAGCCAGGCAGUAUUUCGCGGACUCGGUAUUGAACGCUGGGCAGGGCGUAAUGAUUAGAGUCCAGGAAUCAUGGGCGAUAUGGCCUAGGGGGAUCAACGGCGGUAUUCAGACCAUCAGCCAGUUUGUAAUGGAGGGUGUACAAUCACUGCCACCUUUAGACAUCAUCAUUCGUCCACAGGGAAGACAGAUGCAUGGUCAAGAAGCUACAAGAGGAUGA